CAUUAAACAAGGGUUUUUAUAAUACUGCUUUAUAAAUAAGUCGUAAAGAUGUACAACUAUUAAGCGAUAAGGACUAUUUCAAAUUUAUGAUAAAACUUAGAUCAAAGAGGAGGUGGUGAAAUGUGUUAUUUGUUACAUCAGUUUAAAAUCCUACAUAAUGACAUUUUAACAGACAAGAGAGAGUGAGAAAACAGAAAGCUGGAGAUGGCAGAGUCUUGUGAAAAUGAGCUUUUCCGUAAAGCCAUAAUAAGGAAUUAUGUGGCAGUCAAGAAGUAUUUGCAUCCUGAUCCUAUUAUUGAUUGUGAAACAGACUUUGAAUUACUCACCGUUGCAGACAGAAAGAAUAUCAAGGGUAAGGACCCAACUGAUAAGAAUGAAACGAUAUUGAAAAACGUAAGAUCCAAAGGUGCUAAAGGUUACACAGAUUUUAAAGAGCUUCUGAGAAAGACCUGGCAGACUGACUUAUUAGAGCUGAUUGUUUGUGCAGAGAAUGGGCAGGACACAAAAGAGAUAGAGAGUCGGCUUGAGAAAACCGCAGUGUUAAGUCCAGAGUAUAUCAAACACAGAGGUGGUAAGUCAAUUGUUUUACGCUCACAGUGUUCAGAGGUGCACUUUUGUGACUGCAAGCCGUCGGUUGUUAGUUGCCUAUCAUAA